ACGAAUAUAAAUAAUAAUCAAUCAGCGUAACGUUGCUCAGUUUACCUUUAAAGUCAGAUCUGUGCAGUCGUUAUCAUCAUGCGGGGAUUCGUUUUAAUAUUUGCUCUGUUUGUCAUCAGUGUUAGAGCUGACGACAAAACGUGUGAUAAAUCAAAAUGUCUUGUUGGCGAACAAAAAUUGUAUAAGGAACUUGGAUGUACGCCGGUUGUUGAAGAAGGUCAAUGUUGUGCAUCAAGGUACGAAUGCCCGGACCUUACAAAAUUAGAUGGAAAAAAGUGUCAUUACAAGAAUGAAGUUUUCAACGUUCAAGAUACUCUCGAUCAAGCAAUUACAGGUCCUUUAUGCGCCGCAGCUUGUUUCUGUCGUGAAGCUGACGAAUAUGGAAAUGCGAGAUUUGUUUGUGCCAAUAUUGAAUGCCCUGAACUUUUCCGUCGUCGACCAGAUUGCAUUUAUCAAAAGACUAAAGACAAGUGCUGUGGUCAAGCAGUUUGCGGAGAUGAGCGUGACAAGUUGAGUAGAUGUUACAUGGAUGGCAGAGAAUUCUAUGAAGGCGAAAAAAUGUAUCCAGAAGAGGAACGUUGUCAUACUUGCAUUUGUCACAAAGAGUUCGAUAACAGUACAAUCGUUGGCAAUCCUCAUUGUUAUGAAAUUGAUUGCGGAAUUCAGUUGAGAUACAUGACAAAUUUGCAAAAGAACUGUGUUCCUGUUUAUUAUGGCACGAACAAAUGUUGCCCGAUCGAUUGGCGUUGUCCUGAUGACAAAGACACUGUCGAAUCUAAAGGCAAGAACGGAGGCGAAUCAACACACAAAUGUACCUUCGGAGCUUUAAAAUUAAAUGUCGGCGAAGAACUUAACUCUUCUGAUAAGGAUGUGACCUGCGCUUGUGUAAGCCCGCCAUUCGUACAAUGUGUCAAAAGCAAAUAAAUUACUUAAUUUAACACAUUUUUUUUACCACAAAAAAUUAAAUAAACAAAGAUUUUUUAAUCGUUUCUUGUUCA